AUGGCGUGGAUUCGCUGGCAAAUUCUAGCAACGCUCGCCGUUCUGUUUAUCGCGCAGAGCGCGGACGCAGCCGGGCUGAUCCCGGGCUUUCCGAUCCCGAUCCCCGGCGUCGGAACCGGCGUGUGCACAUGGGAUCAGUUCGUGGGCGAAAUGAAGAAGCUUCAGCGAACUUUGGCGAAAAAUCCUAUCCGUUACGGUGGCAUGGCCAUCGCGCUGAAACAAGGACUGAAAAAAAUGCAAAAGAAUGCUCCAAGCGAAUUGCUCCCUGCGGUCACCAUUCUCGUUCCAACAAAUCGCGCGCUUCUCGCCGCGAGCCUGAACCCCGCUUUCCUGAUCGACCUCAUUCAAAACAAGAAGAAGGUACAGGGUAUCGCCAAGGUGAACGUGCUCGUCGGCGAAUACGACUACAAUACAUUGAAGUCUACACCCAAGGGGCAAGGAAUACAAACGGCGGAUUCGAAAAAGAAGGUCGCGCGAUACAAGGGCCAGGAUAGCCCGAUGACGCAAGGCACGGGAAUGACGCUGGGCGUUGUCGGGGCGAAGGGACGAGCGGAGGUUAUGAAUAAGGACCUGUUUAGCGGUAAUUGCGUUGUUGCGCAAGGAAUCAGCAGACUGCUCCAGCCAUGA